UAUUAAGUUUAGUGAUUAUUAAUUAUUUUAAUUAUUUAUUAAUUUCAUUUAAAUUAAUACAAAUUUAAUUAAUAAAAAAUGGUUGUUUUAUCAACGGAACAAAAACCGGAAGAAAUCAUUCUUAAAGGACAAAAUUUCCCAGUGAAACAAGAUUGUAGUGUGGGAAAAUUUAUUUUAGACAAACUAACAAAACAUGGAGACAAAAUAUCACAAAUAUACUCCUUAACUGGAGAAACAGCCACACACUUUGACAUAAGAAAGCGCAGUAUUCAAGUAGCAAAAGAAUUACGUGGCCAUGGAGUUGGAUUGGAUGAUGUUAUUUCAAUUUGUUCUGCAAAUACUCCUACUUCUGCCUUACCGUUAUUAGCUGGAUUGCUCAUUGGUGCAACAGUAAGUCCAUUGGAUCCAUCUCUAAAUAAAUUUGAUAUCAAACAUUUAAUGAACAUCACAACUCCAAAAAUUAUCUUCACCGAGCAAAGUUGCCUAAAAAUUAUUGAAGAAGUUAUUGAAGAAUUACGUUUAUCUACGGAAAUCGUAGUUUUUGGCAACUCCAACAAAUACGCAACUUUCUCACAAUUUUUAACUCCAUCAAUUGAUGAGGAUGAUGAUUUUGAACCAGUUAACUUCACAAAUCCACAAGAUCAUAUUGCACUUUUAAUGUCCUCGAGUGGCACAACAGGCUUGCCGAAAUGUGUAUCGAUAUCUCAUGCUUCUGUACUGUUCCAAUUACAGUUAGCUUUAGUUGCUCAAUAUCCAAAUAAUGUAACAGUCUUAAAUAUGUCCUCGUUAUUCUGGAUCACCGGUGUAUUGGUAACUCUAGUUGUAAUUACAAUUGGUGGAACUCGAAUUUUAACACCACCAUUUGAACCUGAACAUACUUUGAAGACUAUUGAAAAGUAUAAGGUCCCAUGGAUGAUUGUUGGGGUGACCUUUUUUGCUCGAAUGGUGUCACAUCCAAAAGCGUGUGAUUUCGAUUUUAGUUGUGUUCAAAUGGUCGGUAUUAGCGGUGGUAAAGCAACUGAACAACACUUAGUUGACGGCAGAAAAGUAUUUCCUCGUGCAUUAUUAACCUCAGGUUAUGGUUUAACUGAAACAACUGGAGGUGUUUUCAAAUUAUAUUACGGAAAGCCAACUGCUGUUGGACAUUUAGUUCCUGGUGUUGAAGCUAAGGUUCUUGAUGUGGAAAAUGGCGUGUCUUUAGGGCCCAAUAAAAAAGGAGAAUUAUGCUUUAGAGGAAAAUGUUUAUUUUCUGGUUAUUACAAGAAUGAAAAAGCAACCAAUGAAGCAAUUGAUAAAGAUGGUUGGUUACACACAGGAGAUCUUGGUUACUACGAUGAUGAAGAAUGCUUUUAUGUUGAUGGUCGCAUUAAAGAACAGUUUAAAUGUAAAGGAUGGCAGAUAUCACCUUUAGAAUUGGAAUCAGUGCUGUUAGAACAUCCAGCAAUCGUAGAAGCUGCUGUUUUAGGAGUACCACAUAAAAUUGACGUUGCGCGACCAAAAGCAUUUAUUGUAAAACGACAAAACUCAGAGGCAACAGUAGAAGAAAUACAUUCAUAUAUGAAAGAACGUAUGAAUCCAAAUAAACAAAUCACCGGUGGAAUUGUAUUUGUUGAUACUUUGCCAACUACACCCACUGGAAAAAUUCAAAGAAGAGCUUUGGUAGAAUUAGCAAAGAAGUAUUUAACGGAUGAUGAAUAAAAAUUUAACACUUAAUUAGGAUAAAAUUAAAACUAUUUAAUUUGUAUCAAAUUAGACUGUUAAACGAUUUUAAUAUUCAUAGAGGUACCUUGAAUAUUAAAACCGCUUCUUAUUUUUUAUUUAAUUAAUUAUU